AUUUGUUUGGAAGUCCAAGUGUCGAGUUUCUGCAUUCUGUUAAAGUACGUGUAAUCCUCUCAAGAGCUUUCAAAGAUUCCUUCUGUUCAUCUACGUAUUUUCUUUUUUCAACCACCAACACCCUUCACUCACUAAACCUCUUUCUGUUUCUUCUGUCUAAAAGUAUAUCCUUUAAUCUGAAAUUGCUGCACACGACUUCAAUUCUGUUAAACUUUUUUCAUUCCCACGUUCAAAUCAAUUGCUGUGAUCAACAAUUUUCACUCCAAGAACGACCUCUCUAAGAAAUUUGCCAGGAAAAUGCAGAAGAUGGCAAGAGCAAGAGGAGAAGAGUUGGUGCUGUUGAGAAAGAGGAGUAAUGAGAAGGAGAAUGAUGUGACAGAAAGCAAACCAGAAAACAUGUCAAAGAAAAAGUCCAAUAUGUAUGGUCAGAAUAAGAAGAAAGAAGGUGGAAAGGAGUCGCUGAAGGUGAUAAAGGAAGAGACAGAGAAGUUGAGCAUAAAAGAAAGCAAAGAGAAAUCAGGAACACAUUCUAAUAAGGUGUGCUAUUGUGCACCAACCACUCAUGAAGGUUCAUUCAGGUGCCGUCUCCACCGCAAGAAAUCAGGCACAGAUGGUAAGAGCAAUACGAGGAUGAAUUCUCAGUGCACAAAAGGAAUGAUGGAGUUUCAGCCUCAAUUUUCAACUGUUGGUAGGGUUCCCUCUGUUCAAGUUGGAACACAUGGUACCCUACUCAAACUGUUAAGGAUGGAUUCUGUUUAAGGAUUUUAGCUUAGUUUCUUGUUCAAGUAAUAUAGGUUAGAAUGGAUUCUUUCUAAGGAUUUUAGCUUAAUUUCUUGUUCAACUUGUACGCUAGAGAGGUGUGUUUGUUUCAUGUCAUUCUUUUUCCAUUCUCAUGAAUGUGAUGUUAAAAAUAAAUGUUCUUAUUUUUGUUAA